CCACCGGUUGUGCCGUCUCUCCCGUGUCCCUUUCCCGGAAGUGUCCGACCAGAAAAUGGGGCUGCCGCAGGAAGGUUCCGACACACGUUUAGUUCCGGGGGCAUCUCUGUAUGCGGGAACCAACGCUGCUGCUGCCGCCUCCUCCUCGGUGCCGCAAUGAUCCCGAUCCCGGUGGUGGUCUGCGUGCUGGGGGGCUGGUGCGUCAUUUACCUGGCGGACACGCUGCUGAGGUCAUCUAGCUCUCUGAAAGCAUCUUAUGAAGAUUGGCUGAUGUCAUAUGGACUGAGUAUCUCUCCUUUUCAUAUGCGAUGGCAAACUGCUCUCUUCAACCGUCUAUUCUACAGUUGGGGACGAUGGAAACCCAGAUUUCUUUAUCUAUGGUUCAGUAUAGGAAUGGUGUUUGGCAUAGUUGCCAUGUUUGGUUCUGUUGUUCUCCUUGGAAAGACACUGAUGCAGACACUGACACUGAUGAUAACUGAGGCCCCCGCAGUCCAGAAUGAUCGUAUGUUGCAAGUCGUGGUGCCUGGUGUAAAUCUGCCCAUCAGCCAACUGACGUAUUUCUUCACUGCAAUCCUCAUCAGUGGUGUUAUACAUGAAGUCGGCCAUGGGGUGGCAGCUAUUCGAGAACAAGUACGGUUUAAUGGAUUUGGGAUUUUUAUCUUUAUUGUAUAUCCUGGAGCAUUUGUCGAUCUUUUUACCACCCACUUGCAACUUAUAUCUCCAGUUCAGCAGUUGAGAAUAUUUUGUGCAGGUGUCUGGCAUAAUUUUGUUCUUGGUGUUGCGAGUCUCAUAGUUCUGUUCCUGCUGCCAGCAAUUCUUUUCCCAUUUUACUACACAGGUGUUGGGGCACUUGUCACUGAGGUCACAGAGGAUUCUCCGGCCAAUGGACCCAGAGGUCUUUUUGUAGGGGACCUUGUAACUAAUCUGCAAGACUGCUCAGUUCGUGGUGUGGAAGACUGGAAUUCCUGCCUAGGAGAGAUCUCGCGGAAGACACAAAUUGGGUACUGCAUAAAUGCAGCAACCCUACAGCAGUUAAGCUUCCCAGCCAGGGUCUACAGAAGACUUGAUGGCACUGUUGAAUGUUGUAGUAACAGCAGCCUCACCGAUGUUUGCUUUUCAUACAGCAAUAACUUGGACAGCCACCUGUAUGCCUGUCUGCCAGCACGAAAAGCUAUUGAGGCCAGCCAAGUCUGUCGAACCAACAUGGACUGCCAGAAGGAUUUUGUUCCAAGUUUGUGUGUGACACCUUCUUUAGAAAAUCAGACGAGACUAAUCCGAGUGAAACAUCCACCCAACGUUGACAUGUUGUUUGUAGGACACCCAAUGCAUCUUCAGUAUACAGUGAGCCUCAGCAGUUUUGUACCACGACAUAACUUUCUAAGCAUAGAUCUGCCUGUGGUGAUAGAGACAAUGUGCAAAUAUCUAAUUUCACUGUCAGGAGCCUUGGCAGUUAUCAAUGCAGUACCCUGCUUUGCACUGGAUGGUCAAUGGAUAUUAAACUCUUUCCUGGAAGCCACUCUUGCUUCACUGAUUGUAGAGAAACAAAACAGAGAGCUUGUUGGCUUUUUAAUCUUGCUUGCUGGCAGUGCACUUUUGGCUGCCAAUGUGGCACUGGGACUUUGGAUGGUGACAGCCCGAUAGUACAUUGGAUACAUUUCUGCAUCUGAUUACUUCCAUGAAUUCUCCAAGUACACACAAAGUAAUGAAAUCCAUUGCCUUGUAAAACUUGCUCUGUCUGAGAUAGAAAUAACUUCCUUAAAAUUCCAUUGGAAGAAAGAUUGGUGAUUGGAGUUGUAUGUUAAUUUAACUCUGCAAAAUCUUGUGCAGAUAAUUAAUGGAAAAGUUGAAAGAAUAAGAACUCUUCUCUUUUAAUAUUGUUUUCAAAGCACUGUGAUCAUUCUGGAGAAAUUACACUGAAACAAUUUUACAAGAAAAAGACUCAGGCUUGGUGAAUUUAGAUUCCAAAAUGAAGGAAUAUAUGUGACAUUGAAGUCUUGUAUACUGUGGGGGGAAAAUCCUACUUGAGCUCUGUUUUAUAAUUUGAAUAAAUAUGAGAUGCUCUGCAUUGGCUCUGCUUAAGCAGUG